AUGCAAUUCCAUGAUGUGUCUGAGUGUAGAGAGGCUCUUACGACUUGGGCUAUAGAGAACGGAAAAUUUAUACACUUUAAGAGGGUUGAAAAAGAUCGGUUAGAAGCCAAAUGCAAUCCACCUUGUCCUUGGAGGGUUUAUGCUAGUGUUGUGAAUGAUACAAAGAUUUUUGAAAUCAAGAGAUAUGAUGGUGAACACGAUUGUCCUAGGGAAAUGAAUAACAAGCUUAUAAGCUCAAAAUGGAUUGCCAAAAAAUACUUGAAUGUGUUUAGAUCGCGACCAAACUACCGCGUGAAGGAUUUAGCAUUGGACAUCCUACAAAGAUAUGCGAGUGAAGUCAAUAAAAAUAGACUUUACAAAGCUAAGGCCAUUGCUGUAGAGCUCUUAAGAGGAUCAAUUGAAGAACAUUAUGGUUUACUCAAGAGUUACAUAGCUGAACUAAAGAGGGCAGAUUUGAUUUGCUUUUGGGUAAUGGAGAUGUUUUCAAAGGGAUGUGGAAUUUUAGUGAGUGUCGUUGGACAAGAUGGAAACAAUGAAAUAUAUCCGAUUGCUUGGGCUAUAGUUGAGGUAGAGAAUGAGCAAUGUUGGACAUGGUUUCUAAAGUGUCUCAUUGAGGAUCUUAACAUUGCAGAUGGAGCGGGAUGGACAUUCAUCAGUGAUCAACAGAAGGGGCUUACAAAUGCAGUCAGUACUUUAGCGCCGCUUGCUGAACACAGAAAUUGUGCACGCCAUGUGUACAUGAAUUGGAAGAAGACACACAAGGAACAUGAUCUAAAGAAACUGUACUGGAAGGCAGUUAAAAGCACCUAUGUAGAGAAAUUCAAAUCAGCCAUUCAAGAAAUGAAGGUAGAGAGUCGAGCUGCUUAUGAAGACUUCAUUGGCAGGGAUACAAAAAAAUUUUGUAAGGCUUUCAUCUCCACCUCUGCAUGUAGCGACGUGAUUACUAGUAACAUCGCUGAGUCAUUUAAUGCAAGUAUUGUUGAAGCUAGAGGCAAGCAUAUAAUUCACAUGUUUGAGGAAAUUAGGUGCACUCUCAUGACACAACAAGUAAGCAGGUUACAUAAAAUCUCGAAGGUGCAUGGAAGAAUUUGUCCCAAUAUUAUGGAAAAGAUUGAAAAGUUAAAGUUUGAUAGUCGUGAAUACACUGCACAUCCUGCGUUGGGUGGGAAAUUUGAGGUUCACUUUGAGGAUGAUAAGUUUGUUGUGAAUCUCGGGGAUCGUACAUGUACUUGUAGAGUUUGGGAUUUAACUGGAAUACCAUGUGUGCAUGGCUUAGCUUGUAUAAGGUUCAAAAAUGAAGAUGCAACUACCUUUGUAGAUGAUUAUUAUACAGUAAGCAGAUAUCUUGAGGGCUAUAAGGUGGGAUUGGAACCCAUUAGGGGUCAGAGAAUGUGGCCCGAGGUAGAAGAAACCAUUGUCAAGCCCCCAGUGAUAAGAAGAAUGCCCGGUAGACCCAAGAAAAAGAGAAGAAGAGCACCUGAGGAAAAAGAUCCUAAAUGUCCUCAAAAAAAAAAAAGAACUGGAGUGCAGAUGACUUGCCAAAACUGUCACCAACAAGGGCACAACAGCAGGAGUUGCAAGAACGAUCCAGUUGAAAAAAUACCGAAGGAAAAGGGUAAAAGGGGAAGGCCUGCAAAGAAAAUUCCACAACAAAAUAGCUUAGUAGGCUCGAGUCGAGGAACACGAAAAGAGCAUCCACAAAUGUCCAUCUCUGCCAAUGCUAAUGCUCGUCAAGUUGCUAAUGCUUGUCAAGUGAAGGAAAGGGCAUUAGCUAGGAAAGGAGUUGGAGUGAUUGGUUUUGAGGAGAGUGGAAACAUUUAUAUGAGGAUGUCUUCUCACAACAAGGUAAUACAUGUGAACAAGGAGAUUUCAAGCACAUCAAGUUCAAGGAUUAGACAAAGCAAUGUCAUGAAAGUUUGUUCACCACAAGAGAGUCAGAGCAAACCAACACAAGGGAACGAUGAUUGA